GUCAAUGGCAUUAUUAAAGGCGGGGUGGACGCUGUUGAUCCUUGACGUCAUGCUGUGGAAUGGAACGGUGGGAGUGACUUUAGUGCUCGUGCUGCAGCAGCAGGCGGAGAUAGAGACAGAAUGACGGCAGGCGGAUGAGAGGAGCACAGACCCCGUCUGGCGGGCAUGUUUAUCACACAGGGAAAAUAAAACACGAAACACACAGAGACACAAAGGACCAGUGGGGAUUAAACAAAUAAUGACGGGAGACAGUGACUUAAAAUACACGUAACCGGUGUUCCCUCCAUCAUGUCUUCCGGUGAAAUGAUGGACUAAAGAGUAGAGCCGUUGUGUGUGAUGUCAGACACAAGCAUGCCUCAGAAAGGGCAUCUAACAACCCCACUGUGAUCAGAUAGAAAUGACAGUGUGAAGGCUGGCGUCCACUAAGGUGACCGUAGCGGCCUGGGCAGCCCAUCCACAUGAUCACAUGACUCUGGACAUGGACGCCGUCCUGUCGGACUUCAUCAGGUCCACUGGGGCGGAGCCUGGGCUGGCCAGAGAUCUGCUGGAAGGUAAGAACUGGGACCUGAGCGCUGCCCUCAGUGACUAUGAGCAGCUAAGACAAGUCCACACUGUCAACCUGCCCACUGUCUUCAACGAGGGCCGUUACUACCGGCAACCGGACCACGACACCCCCCAGCACCUCAGCAAGGUGGAGCGGCCCGGUGUCCAGAGACAGGAGGACAACAUGCAAGAGAAGCGCCUGUCUCGGGGCAUCUCCCAUGCCAGCUCUGCCAUCGUGUCGUUGGCACGGUUCCACGUGGCCAGUGAGUGUAUCAGUGAACAGUUCCCUCUGGAGAUGCCCAUCUACACCUUCCAGCUGCCUGACCUCAGCGUCUACAGUGAAGACUUCAGGACCUUUAUAGAGAAGGACCUCAUCGAACAGUCGACCAUGAUGGCCCUGGAACAGGCUGGUCGUCUGAACUGGUGGGCCACUAUGUGUACCAUGAAGCGUCUUCUUCCUCUGGCCACCACGGGGGACGGCAACUGUCUGCUACAUGCUGCUUCUUUAGGGAUGUGGGGCUUCCACGACAGAGACCUGGUGCUGAGGAAGUCUCUGUAUGGCAUGAUGAAGAGUGGAGCGGAGAGAGAGGCUCUGAAGAGGAGGUGGCGGUGGCAGCAGACACAACAGAACAAAGAGUCAGGGCUGGUGUACACGGAGGAGGAAUGGGAGAGAGAAUGGAACGAGCUGCUGAAACUAGCUUCUAGUGAACCGCGUACACACAGCAGCAAGAACAACAACAAUACUGUAGGGGUGGAUAACUCAGAGGACCCCGUGUAUGAGAGUCUGGAGGAGUUUCAUGUGUUUGUCCUGGCUCACGUGCUGCGUCGACCAAUCAUAGUGGUGGCUGACACCAUGCUACGGGACUCAGGGGGAGAGGCAUUUGCCCCCAUCCCGUUUGGAGGGCUGUACCUGCCCCUGGAGGUGCCUCCUAACCUGUGUCACUGCUCCCCCCUGGUCCUAGCUUACGACCAGGCACACUUCUCUGCCCUGGUGUCCAUGGAGCAGAAGGACCAGCACCAAGAACAAGCUGUGAUCCCGCUGACCGACUCAGAACACAAGCUGCUAUCUCUCCACUUCGCUACGGACCCUGGGAAGGACUGGGAGUGGAGCCGAGACCACAACGACAACAUCAAGCUAGCCAAUUUAAUCCUGUCUCUGGAAGCCAAACUGAACCUGCUGCAUAACUACAUGAACGUAACAUGGAUCAGGAUACCAUCUGAGACCAGGGUACCCCUGGCCCAGCCGGAGUCUCCCACGGCGUCCCACGGGGGCGACGACGUCCAGUCUCUAGCCGACUCCAUGGACUCCGACCGAGACUCCGUCUGCAGCAACUCCAACGUCAACAACGGCAAGGUCUCUGCAAAGGACAAGGACAAGGAUCCCAAGGAGAAGACGGAGAGGCAGCAACAGCGUAAAGACAAGGACAAGACCAGGACGGACUCUGUGGCCAACAAGCUAGGCAGCUUCAGCAAAACACUUGGUAUCAAGCUGAAGAAGAACAUGGGAGGUCUGGGAGGGCUGGUCCACGGAAAGAUCAACCGCUCCAACUCUGGAGGCAACGGCCGGAACAACGGAGGAAUGGGGGGCGGCAACGGAGGAGGGGGGGGCGGCGGCAAUGGAGGAGGGACAGAGAAUAACGUAGAGAAGAAGAAGGAGAAAAAGGAAGGAAAAGCCCGGAAGGAUGGAGGAGGAGGAGAGAAGGAGGGCCAGUCUGCGAGUACGUCCUUCUCCUCGGACAAGACCACCAGCCCGUCUCCCACCGAGCGUCCCCCAGGCGUGCCCUCUCCUCCCGGGGAACGGGACAGGGACAGGGGGGGUCUCCUGGCCAGGCUGGUGGGGGACAAGGCCCUGUCGGAGCACUGGAAGUACAGCACAGACGUCAAGCUGAGCCUCAACAUACUGAGAGCCGCCAUGCAGGGCGAGAGGAAGUUCAUCUUCGCCGGCCUUCUCCUCACCUCCCAUCGCCACCAGUUCCACGAGGAGAUGAUCUCCUUCUACCUGACCUCCGCUCAGGAGCGCUUCUCUGCCGAGCAGGAGACCAGGAGGAAGGAAGGAGAGAAGAAACCUGCAGCAAACUCUACAACCACGACUACUAUGACCAACGGGCCCUCCAACGCCCUGAAGAAACCAGAGCAGGAGAGCAGGGAGCGAGACACCCGCACCCCUCCUCCUCCUCCCUCCUGCCCUCCUCCUCCUACUCCCCUUCCCCAGGACUUCAUCUCUUCCCCAGCCAGACACCACCAAAGCCAUACCCCUCACACCCCCCCACAGAUUGCCCUGAAGAUGCAGGGCCGCCACAGCCCCUCCCCCAACUCCUCCCCCAGCAACGGUGCUACCAGGAGACCGGGGUCCGUCCCCCCUGUCCCCAGGCCCGUCCCAACUACAGUCCCAGUGUCAGCCCACUACAGCCAUACCCCUCCCAUCCAGAGGUCCAGUAUCAUCCAGCUGAGAGACGUCAACCUCCAGGCCCUCCAGGCACCCAGCUUCCAGCCGGACGACCCCCAGCCCAGCUACAAGCCUCCUCUGGUGGGCACCCUGAAGACCUGUGCCACUUACCCCCAGCAGAACCGCUCUCUGUCCUCCCAGAGCUACUCUCCAGCCCGCCUGUCUGGGGUCCGUUUGGGCGCCGGGGUCAACCACACCCACCCGGGGGUCCCAGGCACCACGGAGCCCUACAACAUGCCUGGGGAGCACAAGUCCCAUACCUAUACCAACGGCUUCAACGCUAGCCACAUACAGGACUGUCUGGAGUUCGCCGACGCCGACGUAACUCAGACCUGGGGGAGCAGUAGGGUCACCAGGACGGGUUCGGGGGUCCGACAAGGUCAAAAGUCAGAUCGGUAGCGCCGGUGGGGUUGCCUGGUGUACUGCCUGCAGCAGAGGAGAUGCAAGAGGGAGAAGUGCUCCUUCUACGGUCGCCCGGAGACAGAUAACUACUGUUCCUACUGCUUCAAGGAGGAUCUGAAACACAAGGAGAGGGAGGCCAAGGCUCUCAGUAGGCCUGGGUAGCCCCUGG